AUGCCACAAACUCUAGGACCGCUCGACUACGCGUGCACGGAUUGGCGGAUCAGUAGCCAAAGAGCCGCAGAUCUGUACAGUUCUGGUACCAGGCUUUGGACGAAAGAGGAUCUCGAAGACAUAGAACAACAACUGCGCCAAUCCUAUGCGAUGAAACGAUUUUCGGUCCGACGAAUCGAUGGAAACAUACUCCUAAUUUCCAAUCCCAUGUUCCAAGUCCAGAAUCCUAUCUGGAAGCCCCAUGUCAAGUACCAAGAAUAUUGGCAACUUGUGAAAGCACAACCCAACGGCCCAAUCGAAACUUACCUGUGCUCUUACAUUGUAGAUUGGAGCAAUCAGACUGCACGAAACUUUCGACAGCUCAUAGCACAGCCCAUGCAAGCCUUUGACGAGAAACACUUGUUGUGGCAAAAUAGCAAGACCUGCAAGCACUUGGUAGCCUUGGUCCAAGAUAUACUCGGUACAAACACUGUGAAGAAAGUUCUCUGCUUCGGACUUGGUGAUUUCUGCCGCUCCGCGCCUGAAUGGCUUAAAAAGCAGCAUGACUCUUGGGACGAGAACUCGGAGGUAGAAAAUGUGAUGGGCUGCAUGAUCCAGCAUUCGAUGGCUCUUACUAUCGCUCAAGUUUGUUGUGGCAAUGAAACAUUGCCAUUACUUGCUCAGGACCCAGAGUAUACGGAGGUCGCAGAAGAUAUCCUGACCAAGAAGGGAUUCAAAAUUGUUGGAACUCACGGUGCAGGAGGGUUCGCGGAAAUCGAUGAAGACUCACUCAUAAUAUCACCCUUUGCUGCCGCCCCAGUUAAGUAG